GCAGCCCGCGGUCUGCCGCGCGUGCCUGUGUGCCCGAGGAGCCGCCCCGGGGAGGAGACCCGGCGCGGAGUUGUCCCCCCAGGGGAGAGCCGCAGCCCAGCCGCGGGGGUCGGGCGGCCUGGAUACGCCGGACCCAGCCCCGCGGCCGCGGACGCCCGGCGGCGGCGAAGUUUGGCUGCUGAGCAGCGCGGCGCCGGGCCACUGGGGUGCGGGAGCGAUGCCCGUGGGGGGCCUGUUGCCGCUCUUCAGCAGCCCCGCGGGCGGCGGCCUGGGCGGGGGGCUCGGCGGCGGCGGCGGCGGCGGCAGGAAGGUGUCGGGCCCCGCCGCCCUGCGCCUGACGGAGAAGUUCGUGCUGCUGCUGGUAUUCAGCGCCUUCAUCACGCUCUGCUUCGGGGCGAUCUUCUUCCUGCCGGACUCCUCCAAGCUGCUCAGCGGGGUCCUGUUCCACUCCAGCCCCGCCUUGCAGCCGGCCUCCGACCACAAGUCCGGGCCCGGGGCGCGCGCCGAGGACGCGGCCGAGGGGCGAGCCCGGCGCCGCGAGGAGGGGGCACCCGGGGACCCGGAGGCCGCCCUGGAGGACAACUUGGCCAGGAUCCGCGAAAACCACGAGCGGGCUCUCAGGGAAGCCAAGGAGACCCUGCAGAAGCUGCCCGAGGAGAUCCAAAGAGACAUCCUGCUGGAGAAGAAGAAGGUGGCCCAGGACCAGCUGCGUGACAAGGCGCCGUUGAGAGGCCUGCCCCCGGUGGACUUCGUGCCUCCCAUCGGGGUGGAGAGCCGGGAGCCCGCCGACGCCGCCGUCCGCGAGAAAAGGGCAAAGAUCAAAGAGAUGAUGAAACAUGCUUGGAAUAAUUAUAAAGGUUAUGCCUGGGGAUUAAAUGAACUGAAACCUAUAUCAAAAGGAGGCCAUUCAAGCAGUUUGUUUGGUAACAUCAAAGGAGCAACUAUAGUAGAUGCCCUGGAUACACUUUUUAUUAUGGAAAUGAAAAAUGAAUUUGAAGAAGCAAAAUCAUGGGUUGAAGAAAAUUUAGAUUUUAAUGUGAAUGCUGAAAUUUCUGUCUUUGAAGUGAAUAUACGCUUUGUUGGUGGACUACUCUCAGCCUACUAUCUGUCUGGAGAAGAGAUUUUUCGAAAGAAAGCAGUGGAACUUGGGGUAAAAUUACUACCUGCAUUUCAUACUCCCUCUGGAAUACCUUGGGCAUUGCUGAAUAUGAAAAGUGGUAUUGGAAGGAACUGGCCCUGGGCCUCUGGAGGCAGCAGUAUUCUGGCAGAAUUUGGAACCCUACAUUUGGAGUUUAUGCACUUGAGCCACUUAUCAGGAAACCCCAUCUUUGCUGAAAAGGUAAUGAAUAUUCGAACAGUACUGAACAAACUGGAAAAACCACAAGGCCUUUAUCCUAACUAUCUGAAUCCCAGUAGUGGACAGUGGGGUCAACAUCAUGUAUCAGUUGGAGGUCUUGGAGACAGCUUCUAUGAAUAUUUGCUGAAGGCCUGGUUAAUGUCUGACAAGACAGAUCUGGAAGCUAAGAAGAUGUAUUUUGAUGCUGUUCAGGCCAUUGAGACUCAUUUGAUCCGCAAGUCUAGCAGCGGACUAACUUACAUUGCGGAGUGGAAAGGGGGCCUCUUGGAGCACAAGAUGGGCCACCUGACCUGCUUUGCAGGAGGCAUGUUCGCACUCGGGGCUGACGGAGCUCCCGAAGGCAUGGCCCAACACUACCUUGAGCUCGGGGCUGAAAUUGCCCGUACCUGUCAUGAAUCAUAUAAUCGAACAUUUAUGAAACUGGGACCAGAAGCUUUCAGAUUUGAUGGUGGUGUUGAAGCCAUUGCUACAAGACAAAAUGAAAAAUACUACAUCUUACGGCCAGAAGUUAUGGAGACUUACAUGUAUAUGUGGAGACUGACUCAUGAUCCAAAGUACAGGAAAUGGGCCUGGGAAGCUGUAGAGGCCUUGGAAAACCAUUGCAGAGUGAAUGGAGGCUACUCAGGCCUGAGGGAUGUUUACCUUCUUCAUGAGAGUUACGAUGAUGUGCAGCAGAGUUUCUUCCUGGCAGAGACAUUGAAAUAUUUGUACCUAAUAUUUUCUGACGAUGAUCUUCUUCCACUGGAGCAUUGGAUCUUCAAUAGCGAAGCACAUCUUCUCCCUAUCCUCCCUAAAGAAAAAAAGGAAGUUGAAAUCAGAGAGGAAUAAAAAGACAUUUUAUAUUUUA